GAAAAAAUUUUUUAAAGAAGGGCUUUAGGCGGAGAUUUGAGAAAGAUUCAUUGGUACUAUGUUUGCGUUAUAGGGAAAAAAUCAUUGGGUGGGAGAUGGAAUGGAACCAUCAUGGAAUGAGCUGAGCUUCGAUCUGAGCCAGAGGUGUGUCGGAACUAUCAGAUGUGCCGGAAAUCAGAACUUUCGGAAAUGGCUCAAAAGUCGGAAAUCGGAAAUCAAAUUUUUUUCGGAAAUCGAAAUUCCGAUUCACCUUUGAUAUGAGCUCAUUCCAUGAUACCUAGUUCUAUUCAAUCUCCCUUCCGAUGAAAUUUUUCUACUGCCAACGGACAUAAUAGUUAGGAUACCGAGAAAUCUUUGGGACAUCCUGAAUAACCAUUCUUGGAAAAACUUUGUGAAAGAAAAUUACUUUCAGACUCUAAAAUAUUCUUUUCUCUCAUUCAUGAUAAAAAAAGGGAGAGAGGGGGAGGGAGUGGAGAGAUGGAACACUUAAAAAUCACACACAAGUAAAAAAAAUUUUUUUAUUCUCCUUUCCUCCCACUAAAAAUUUUUCUCUUUUUUCUCAAAUAAAAAUCGAAUUUUUCCAUUCACAUUUUUCUUUAAAAUCUUUAAUUUUUUCCUACCAAC